AUGAGACAGACAGCAGCAGAGAAAAAAGAAGAAUCGGACCAGACUUACCCCCAGAAAAAUGGAGUUGAAAAGCAGAUUCCAACCAAAGAGGAAAAUGCCACGAAUAAACAGCAAUUUUCAGAUAGUCUGCAAGAAAGUGAUUCCAAGGACAAAGAAAUUUCUAACAAAGAUGAAAGUGAGGAAAAGAAUCACAAUUCUUCCGACAAGAUUGCCAUCAAAGAUGGAUCUAAAGACUUGACCGAUGAAAAAGAAGACCAGUCGUCCGACGAUGGCAAAGAUACCACAGGCAAACUCGAUGAGGAUAAUGACGGCGACAGCGCGAAAGAAUCCGAUUCUACAGACAAAACUGAAAACGGUCUUGAAAACAGAACCAAAAAACAAAAAGAGUCGGAUAGUUCUAGUCAAAAUACCAGUUCUGUAUCAAAUUUUGCACUUAACAACAAACCACAGAAAUUGCCACAACAACAAUCUUCCCUACUUCUUGCUAAAUUAGCCAAUCAGGAACAGAAAAAGAAUAUCCCACUGACAAUGGUCGGCUCAGCAGGAAACAAAACCUCGAUCUCUCUCUUGUCCUCCUUCAAAUCAAAUGCAAAUUCCAAUUCUUCAAAAAUGCCCUUCAUACCUAAAUCAUAUUAUUCCCAAAACUUGAGCAUCAUUGAUGAAGACGCAAAAGCCCCAACGUCAAGCAUUCAACAGAUAGAGGCUAUCAGAAAUGAAACUUUACUCCAUUCUAUGUCCACAAAGGCUCAGCGAAUCCUUAAGGCAAAGGCCAAAGCAGAAUUGUUAAAGAAAGUUGAUGAGAAGCUUGGUCCCCUUGCCACGUUUUUAAACAACUUAGGUUUGGAUAUUGUGAAACAGUCUGUGUAUCAUGAAGCAAUCCAUAUCCAGUCCCGAAAGCAACAAGCUGGAAAACUAACCGAUGUCGAGUGCUCCCAGCUGGAUAAGAUGCGUUCGUCUUGUAAGGAGCUUGCAGAGAAACUGAAACAUUUGAAGCUUAGCUACAGGAAAUGCAAAUUAUGCAACUUUGUGAGUGAAUCGGUCAACGUGCACUUCUGGCAUCGAGAACAUCCGCACAUUAAUCAUCGAGAAGACUUCUGCUGUUCGUAUUGUGAUUUCAACACCAGAAAUAAUGUGGCCUUUAAUUUUCAUAUGGAGGCUGAGCAUAACAUCAAAGGUCGGAGCAUGGACAAACCCUCGUUUUGGCAAUGUACCCUUUGCCCUUUUGAGCACAACUCUAAGAGCAAACUCACACAGCACAAAUUCAAAUGCGAAAAGAAUUUCGAAAUAAAAACUCAUCUGUCACCGUCCCCUGACACUGAUAUCAACUAUAGCUUGUACGGUGUGUUCUAUCUUUCUGAGAAAGAAGAGGCUCUCAAAGCCAUCGCUUUGCACAAGGCAAAACAGGCUCAAUUAAAGGCUCAACAAGCGCAGUAUAAACUUCAGCAGCAACAGGCUGCUGCAAACAGGGCCAGUUAUUUCAAUGCCAAUAAGAUUUCUCCCAUUCAACCGAAACCAUUGAUGCAAAGCAACAUGAGCCAAAGAAUUCCUGUAGUAGUCCACCCCAAAAUUGGUUCCAGUCAGCAGCCUCAGAUGCCUGGAAGUCAGAUGCAGUCAAAUCGUUUCCAACCACAGACACCCCUUCGACAGAGCGGUCAGUCAAGUAUACCAAUAAAACCAUUCACGCCGACCCUAUCUCAAAACAGCAAUCGUGUUCAGUCAAUGUUGAACCAAUCGGUAAACAAAGGGAAUCUUAGUUUAAUGCAAUCUCAGCUUCCCGUCAAAGACCUGAUAAAUAUUCACCAAGCCAUUAAGGGUCAAAAUGUCAUGACAGCCAAAUCUCUGGCUAGCCAGAAACUGAUUCCUUCAAACACUCAGCCGACUAGUGAUGUCAGUGAAUUUGAGAUUUGUGAACUGUGUGGCGGCUAUGUUAAGGACCGAGACGCUCUGAGAAUUCAUUUCUUCUAUGCACAUCGUGUUGAAAUGCCUGCUCUAAUGUUUGAGAAACCGUGUCCACCGCUCUUCUGUGAUGUUUGUGACAAGAAAUUCUGGACAAGCCAAGGACUCCAGAAACACCGGGUAUCGCUGAAGCAUUACGCAAAAGGUUCCCUUUCACAAGUCUGCAUCCUUUGCGGGUGUCUUGUUUCUCACCUGCUUAAUCACAUGACCGACACCCAUCAGCUUAAUCUGCAGGACUUCUUGAACCAGAAACGAUGCAUUGUCUGUGGUAAGGUAUGCUUGAGUCGUUCUGAGACAGAGAUCCACAUGGCUGCCAGUCACGGGAUAUUGGUCAAACGUACCAAUGCUAAUUCAUCAGAUACCAAGACUAAACCUGAUGAGAAAGGUGGUGGUACUCCUGUUACGAUGGUGACCAAGAGUGGACAGGCUACAUCUGGCUCUUCUGCAUCUCAGUUGGUGAAAGGAAACUACUGUGUCUUUUGCAAAGUUCCUUUUGCCAGUAACGCAGAACUGACUCAACAUUGUCUUCUUGUACAUAAGGCUUGCAAAAAGUGUGGCAUGGUCUUGCCGGGAGAGGGGUCUCUAGGGAGUCACAAGUGUCAGAUUAGCAUUCCAACUGUAAAGGCAUGUAGUGUGUGCAAGCAGGAAAUUCUCAUCCAAGAGUUUAUAAAACAUGUUGAGGAGAAACACCUGAAGAAGUGCUCAAUUAAGUUGAAACGUCUUAACUCUGAAGAUAUUGAUGCUGGGGUCAAUGACACAAAAACUGGGCUGGAUACCCCAAGUAGUAAUGAACCUAACACUAGUGGCGUUAUGGAGCAACAACGGAAGCGGAAAGCGGAAGAUCUUGACUUGGGGCUCAAAAAACGGAAGCUUGUAGCAGAUGACAGCACUAAGAAUGAAGCCAUUUCCAUAAGUGAUAGUGAUGAUGACGACGACGACAAUGAUGAUGAUGACAAUGACGACGAUGAUGACGAUGACGACGACGAUGAUGAUGAUGAUGACGAUAAAGAAACAAGGACAGAUUCUUCUAGAUUGGACCACAGAAAGAGAAAACCUUUUGAAGGAAGUUUUGACAAAAAGAAGAAAGGGGCUGAAUUGAGUAUAGGUAAGCAGAGUGGAGGAGGAGGAGGAGGAGCAAAAAGUAGCAAGUACCUGUCCUCAAAGCUGGACUCUGAGUGGGGCAGUAGAUGGGAGGGCAGAAACAGAAAUGAUUAUUCUGAAUGA